GAAGAGCACUUAUGUCUAGAGGCAAUAGUUUGUUGGUUUUGUUAUUAGUUAAUAUCGUUGUCAUGUUUAUUUUCUUUAGAAUCGUAAUGUAUUAUUUUUGUCGUUAAUGUAACAUAAUUCUUAUUGCCUUAAAUUAUAAUGUAAAAUCGAUAUUGGAUAAUAUAUACAUUCUUUCGAUAAUAAUCGACUAAGAAGUUUAAGUUGCUUAUUAAAUUCUCCCUCAAUAUUGUUUAACCCUAUCAGUGCCAACAUCUAGGUUACCGGACGCUUUUAUGAACAUUUAUCAUAAGUAUAAUGUAAUAUUUUUAUGCAUAUUUUAUAUCAGUUUGCAUUAAAAAUAAAAGUACUUUCUGAAGUAAGUUAGUAUGAAUCGUUGAAGGUCCCCACUGAAUGAAAAUACUCUAACCUCUUACCGUUGUAACUGAUCUAUACCAACGUAAUCUGACGUCGUAGAAGUUGGAUCAUCUGUAACAAGAUCUGAGGUCGGGAAAGCACAAGCCAGAAAUGCCCUUGGCCAUCAAUUCGGGCUUUGGUGGCGCCUUUUGCACUCCCAGCACUUGUGAAAAAUAAAGAAAACAACCCUCGAGAUAGUAACCAAAUUCAAGCUCAGAUUACGUGAUGGCUUGUAAAGGAUAGAUGCACCAUAAUUGAUAGCCACCCAAAAAUGUGAAAAAGAUUGCUGAAUUUACAACACGGAUGUCAAACCUUUUAAAUGUUCCCUGUGCAGCUAUACAAGCGUGAAAAGUGUGCAAUUAAAAAAGCAUAUGUUAACGCACACAGGAGAGAAAAAAUUUAAGUGUUCCCUGUGCAACUAUGCAAGUAUAAGAAAGCGGAAUUUACAAACACAUAUGUUAACUCACACAAGUGAGAAACCAUUUAAGUGUUCCCAGUGUAUCUUUUCAAGCACUAGAAAGGAAAAUCUUAUAACACACAUGAUGACUCAUAAAGUAGAGAAACCAUUUAAGUGUUCCCUGUGCAUCUAUUCAUAUACUCGGAAGGAGGAUUUAAGAAGACAUAUGUUAACUCACACAGGAGAGAAACCGUUUAAGUGUCCCUUGUGCAUAUUUUCUAGCACUGCAAGGGCACGCCUAAAAACACAUAUGCUAAAUCACACAGGUGAGAAACCAUUUAAGUGUUCACUGUGCGUCUAUUCAUGCACUCGAAGGGACCUUAUAAAAAGACAUAUGCUGACUCACACAGGAGAGAAACCGUUUAAGUGUUCCCUUUGCGACUAUGGAAGUAUUGAGAAAAGUAAUUUACAGACGCAUAUGUUAACUCAUAUAGGCGAGAAACCGUUUAAGUGUCCCUUGUGCAUAUUUUCUAGCACUGCAAUGGCACGCCUUAAAACACAUAUGCUAAAUCACACAGGUGAGAAACCAUUUAAGUGUUCACUGUGCGUCUAUUCAUGCACUCGAAGGGACCUUAUAAAAAGACAUAUGUUAACUCACACAGGUGAGAAACCGUUUAAGUGUUCCUUGUGCAUAUAUUCUAGCACUACAAGGGGACAUCUAAAAAGACAUAUAUUAUCUCGACACAGGUGAGAAACCAUUUAAGUGUUCCCUAUGCAUCUAUACAUGCACUCAGAGGGUGUGUCUAAAAAGUCAUAUGUUAGCUCAUCGUGUGAGUUAACAUCCAUCUGUUAAUGUGCUCAUAAGGCGCAUCUAAAUACUCAUGUUAAGGACUUUGCCUGUGCAACUAUAAGUAUUUUUCCAAGUUCGGGCUUAAGAAGACAUUUUUUAUUAACUCACACAGUUGAAAAACUAUUUGAAUGGUUUCAGUGCACCUUUAAGUGUACUGAAUCAGAAUUUAAAAGUGCAUACAUUAACUCAUAGGUAAGAAACUAUUCAAGUAUUACCAGUGCAACUUUAAGUCCAAAUAAUGUCAGUUAAGACACAUGUUAACCCACAGGUUAGUAACCAUUUAAGUGGUAGCUGUGCAGUUUUAAGUGAACCUUAAGUUUAUGUUUAAGGAUCUAUAUGUUAACUCACACAGGUUAGAAAACAUUUCAAUGUUUUGUGUGCAACUUUACAAGCACUCUUAAUUAGAAUUUAAAAUAUAUUCUCAAACAAUUGAUAAACCA